CCUCAACUUUACUACUACGGCCGUGAAUUCAUGCAUAUUCAUUCCAAGCACGGACAUCUACCUUUUAAGGCAUUACUCAUUGCCCUUCAUGGGGGGCAAUCUAACAGUUUUUCAUUUUCAUGCAUGCAUACCUUUUUGCGGAUGCGGUUGGAGCAAGACAUUGGAGAAAGACAAUAAUAAACAAAUUACCGCCUAAUCUUGAGUUACAUGCACUGAUGAUACUCUGCCAUGGAUGCAUUCCUAGCCAAGCUAUCCUACCACGCUACCAAUUACGCUAUCAGGUCUUGUCUCGCUUUAACUUCAACUUAUGUCGUCCAGCAAGGUUCAAGAUUACUUAAAACCGUUGACGACGACCCUCUACGGGCCGAAUUGAGCCACCUACAACGACGGUUGGCUCGCAAGAUCGAGCUCAUCUCCCCUAUACUCGAAUCUAUCGAGUUUCGUUAUGCUCGAGGGAACUCAACUUUAGAAGCCGUAGUUCAGACAGCACAAGAACUACGGGCCAAUGUUGACUCGCUGGGAAAACGUCUCGAAGCUGCUGCCUUAGCAGACCAAUCUCGCCAAAAUGGAAAAGCUAAGGGCCCCGCUGCUACUGCUUCUAUGCGUAGUAUCGAAGUGAAGAGCAUCAUUACAGACAUCAAACAGCUAAUCGAAGACAUUGAUGAUUCCAUACCUCUCAUCAACCUUUGGGUGUCUGCAAUUGGAGGUAUUCAAACCCAACAAUCGGCUUUUUCACCCUCCCGUUUAUUACAGGCUAGCAUGCUUGUGAAUGUUGGCGAUACUCAGUACAUUCUCAACCCAGGCAGGCCCAUGCAGAUCGGCCCAGACUUUAUGCUGUCUAUCUACAUGUUAUUUCGUGCCCAUGCUUCUCCUGAAGAUACGGCAGAGCCGUACGGCAUAGAAGAGGGACAGCGUAAACCGGUAUGGCAGGAAGUAAUCCAUAAAGCCCGAGUCCGGCUCCGUAGGAUACCACUCGAGGAUAAUUUCCCUGGAAUCAAUAGCAACAUAGAGCAUAACACCUCUUAUGUAAGCUAUGCGUACCAACUUCAAAUUGUGGAGGACCUGGAUGACGGACGCGUCCACACAGUCGAAGACGGCAGUCCUCGUCCAAGUUCUUACGAGGGCGUCCCCAAUGCUGGGAUACGAGAAUUUAUUCCAGUCCACCAGAUUUCAAAGAUGUUCUAUGCAGAUGUUGGACGGAUUUUGAACAUAAAUAAUGAAGAUGGCGCCUCGAGUAGCCCCGUAUUAUUACUUAAAAGAGACGUAAAGGCUAUACCUCCGAAUCAGGGGCAACAACCCGAUAUACUUCCGGAGGACCAACAACAUCUAAUCGAAGGCCUAGACGAGAGUAUCGUAUCUGACGGCACUUUAGAGGGCGAUUCUCAGGACGAAAUAGACCGGCAACUUCGCCAAGAAAUCGUGAUCACCAAGGCUGGUACACGAACAGCACAUAAACUUCAAUCCGAGAUGUCUUCUGAUUCUUGGAGGCUUCCACAGGACCUUGAUCCUGCUUGGAUAGCUCUAGAGGUUUACGAAAUGGACGAUGACGACGACGAUGGCACCACAGAUGAUGAGGAUGACCACACGCCUGAAGACGAACAUGAAUAUAGAAUAGGAAAAGAUCAACAUUCAAGCUCCAACAUCCCCCGCCGGCUGAAAAACAGCACGCGUCCAUCCGCCGAUUCAAAUCUAGUAACCCAGCUCAACCGAAUGAGCAUAGCCUCUACACCCUCACGGUCAUCCUCUAGAACCUCAGACGGCGCACUCAUCCCCGACAACGGGAAAUUCGACGAAGACCUACUUGAACGAUCACCCUUCGGCGCCAUCCACACCUCGCUUUCACUCCUUGAAAUGAUGCUCCGCUUGACAAGCCUGCAGGAGUUCGAGCAGACUACACACCUUGCCAUCCCAGACCACGUACUGAAAUUCUACCUUGACGAGUCGGUCUCGCGAGCUGAUGCUGAUGCGCCAGUUCAUCGCAGCCUUAGUAGGGAGCGGAACUGAAAUCGAGAUAAUACUUUUAGCGCUGGCAGGGUCUUGGAUGUGAUUAGCAUUUUUCCCGGGCUAAUAAAUACCUACACAACGGAGUUGAAUCUAUAAAGUUGGUUCUUCGGCUUGCAAGUAGACUGAGUAGAUAGACUCAUGUAAAAAGGUGCAAAGACCGGGGUUUGGCAUAACGGGCAAGACAAUUCACAAGGCAAUGCACGAGACAACUAAUCGUAAUGCAAAGUCCAAAUGCAAAUUGACCAUAUAAUCAAGAAAUUCUUUACCCUCAUUUAUCACGAAUUUAGUGAUGAUUUUCGCGCGUAUAUGCUCUUAUUUGAAGACUUAGGUCGGAUGAAG